AUGCUUGGAUCUCUCUACCGUGCGCAGUGGCUCAUGCUGGUGUGCCUCUUCGCCGCCGCACACGCGUUCGACCUGGCAUCAUCGGGCUAUGCGUCGCUAACGCACUACGACUUGCCCUCGAACUACGUUGCCUCGUGCGGGUGUGUGGGGCGGUCGACGUUCUACCCCACCGCCGCCUUAAACCGAUACGCCUACGGAUCCAAUACCUCGUUCGGCCCGUCGUGCGGAAGCUGCUUUGAGCUUCGUCUGGUCUCAACGCCUUUAGCUCUGCCACCUCCAACUCCCGGUACGAAUGAACCUUGGGGCGAUGGAAUCUACUAUACUCCGCAACAAGUUUCAUCGGGUUCGACGCCGAAUCUUGUGGUAAAGAUCAUUGACCUUUGCCCCGGGGUAGGGGGUCCUUGGUGUAAUGCAACAAGGCUCGAAAACGGGACGGUGCAAGGGAAUAGUUUAGGAUUCGAUGUGCAUUUUGAUUUGGCUUGGCCUGCAAAGGGGAUUUCGAAAGGGUUCUUUCCGGGAGAUCAUGAUUAUGGAGCUUGGAAUGUGACGUAUGAUGCUGUCAGUUGCGAAAGGUGGGCAGGGUGGAAGGACAAAGCUGCGUUGGGGUCGGAUUGGGACCAGCAAAGUUCGGCGUGUUGCCCCAACAAUCCAGUGCCAAGUGGACAAGAUCAAACGUGCCCACCGUACUACGAUACCUUGGCUCCAACUAGAGCCGUACCGCCCAAUACCAGCAAUGUUCUGUCCAAGGGAAAAUCCAACGCAGCAACAUCCAUGCUCACCAGCAACGUGCGCAUCUACUUGGCAACCGCAAUCGCACUGCUGUCGGCUGCUCUGCUCUGCGUCUCUGCAGCAACCUUCACCUUUGUGUAG